AUGUUUAGAAAAAUUAAAAUAUAUCAUUUUUCGUCGAUUUAUUCUAACUACUCUACCAAGGUGGAAAUUGACGCUAGAUUAAGGGGGAAUUUUGAGUCAAAAGAAUACAAACCACGCAAUCAUCCAGGGCGAACGAAAGUCAAAGUAGCUACCAUACCUCCGGACAUUCAAAAAGGAAUAAAAGUUAUACUAGAAGAUGCUGGUGCUAAAGCGUUUUAUCACGAGAGUGAGGACCUUCAGAAUUAUCUCCGUUCGCGUAGAUUACCACCAGAAGAGGGAGAAAUAAACGAAAAAGCAGCAAAGAUUUACAAAACAGUGUCAAAUAAAGUUUUCACUGAAAUCAACAAAGACGAAAAGAAAUUAACACGAGAAGAGAUUGAACAUUACAAUAAGAAAAUUCAAAACACAGUAUUUAAUGUUUUAAAGAAGAAUGUCUACCGUUGGGCCAAUAUUUCAUAUGACAAACCAACAUGUCUGCAAUAUCUUAUGGUUAGAGCAGCCCCUGAGUAUGCGAUCUUGGUGCGAAUACUAGACGAAAUUAAGAGAAAAUUGCCUGAUUACAAACCUAGAAGCUUCUUUGACUUUGGCUCUGGUGUUGGAACUGGUACAUGGGCAAUAAACUCAUAUUGGAAAGGACAUAUCUUUGAGUACUUUUCUGUAGACACAUCGGUACAUAUGAAUGAUUUAGCGCGUCUCAUACUCUGUCAGGGCAAAGAUAAUGUUCAAUUACCUUUCAAAGGUUAUUUUCAAAGACAGUUUCUACCAGCUUCUACAGAUUUAAAAUAUGAUAUAGUACUUUCUGCAUUUUCUUUAUUUGAAUUACCAAAUAUGAAGAGUCGACUAGAAACUAUUCAAAAAUUGUGGAAUAAAACUCAAGACUUCCUAAUAAUUGUGGAACAAGGCACAAAUGCAGGAUUUCAAAUUGUAAAUGAGGCGAGAGAAUUUGUUUUAAACACAGCUGAUAGCCAUAACAAAGGCUAUGCUUUUGCUCCAUGCCCAAAUGAUAGUGUGUGUCCUAGGUAUUUGGAACAUGAAACUCCAUGCAAUUUUCUCAUGAAGUAUGAAUCAUUACCAUUCCCAUCCAAGACAGAAGUACUAGCAGAUAAGAACGUAGUAACCGGCUAUUGUUCCAUAUCUUUGAAUACUGAUUUCGGAGAACCUUCGCCGGUGUACAUAAAAAAUGGCACAUAUCUGGUGCCAAAAGCGCCCUCGGGCGCCAUUUUGUUUCGGCGUUCGGAAACAUUGUUAGUAGGGUGUCCCGGCACGAAGAAGUUCGUUGUUUUAGGCAACGACACAACUGACGAAAAUUUUUUGGACGUGCAAUGCGUCUCGAAUAAAACGUUUCGGGCUGGCCAGUGGGUGGGCCAGUUUAAGGACAUAAAAUGUAGCUCAUUACCUUGGUUCACGGCUGAGGAGACGUCAGAAUACUGUUCCGGACGACACAAACUUUAUAGAAUUGGUUACCAGCUUCGCAAAUUUCACACGCUUUACGAGGCUUGUUUCGAUCGAGAACUGCUCUCGACCCUCUACGUGCAGCACGAUAUCUCGCCGGCCAGUCACUUAAUGCAGAAUAGUAGUGGUAGACCGCAGUUUAUUGAAGGCAAUGUAUUCGGUAAAAUCAAAAUGUCGAAAGUGUAUGCUGUUGAAAAUCAAAGGGCGCAAUUAAAUAGCAUCCUCGGGAACAAUAUGGAUCAACAAUAUAUUACAAAGAAGCAGUUUUUAAACCGCGGCCAUCUUGCAGCCCGCGCUGAUUUCAUACUUCGCGCACCACAGAAAGCAUCUUUCCAUUACAUAAAUGCGGCGCCGCAGUGGAUGCGUGGGAAUGCCGGGGAUUGGGCUGCGUUGGAAGAAGCACUCCGUCGCCGCAUCUCAAAAUACGGCACUAGUGUGAAAGUGAUCACCGGCACUCACGGAGUCUGCACGCUGGCUGACAAUCAGGGAAUACAGAAGCAGUUGUUCUUGAACAUCGAUGAAAACAACAACGGCGUGAUUCCUGUGCCACUUUAUUUUUAUAAGUUAGUUUACGACCCGUAUAAGAAAAGAGCGACGGCUUUCAUAUCGAUCAAUUCCUCGUACUACAAUAGCACUAUUAUCGAAAAGCUAACGUUCUGCAGCGACGUCUGUGACGGAAACAGGAAGUACUCGUGGCUAAGAUGGCGGUCCAACGACGGCACGCACAGUUUCUGUUGUAACUAUGAAGAGUUUACAAAAUAUAUUGAUUACUUACCCAAAUUUGAUGUGAAAGAGUUAUUUUACUAG